CCUAACCAUCCUUCAUUGGAUGAAACUAACCAUCCUACAUUGGAUGAAACUAACCAUCCCACAUUGGAUGAAACUAACCAUCCUACAUUGGAUGAAACCAACCAUCCUACAUUGGAUGAAACUAACCAUCCUACGUUGGAUGAACCUAACCAUCCUACAUUGGAUGAACCUAACCAUCCUCCAUUAAAUGAACCUAACCAUCCUACAUGGGAUGAACCUCACCCUCCUCCAUUGGAUGAACCUAACCAUCCUACAUUGGAUGAAAUUAACCAUCUUUCAUUGGAUGAGCCUAACCAUUCUACAUUGGACAAAACUAGCCAUCUUUCAUUGGAUGAAACUAACCGAUCUUUCAUUGGAUGA